UCCCUCAGUCCCCGACUCUGCCUUAGUCCAUUAGACUCUGGAUACCAUCACAGUGAGGAUUGAAUAAACAAGGAAACCUCCUCACCAUCCAUCCAUCCAUCCAUCCUACGUCAGGUCUCUCCCCUCCCCACCCCGCCUCACCUGACCCUGCAACUCAGAGGAAAGGAUACAAGCGCUCCAGCUGCCGGUGGUGAAGAUGAUCCUGUGGGUUGCCCUGCUCACGGCUCACUGUUGCUUGGGUCUGUAUGGAGCUGCAGCAGAAAGCACAGGACUGGAGAGGAUUGAAAAAUGCCGCACCAGGUGUUCUCAGGGCCUUCACUGCAAAGCCAAGCCAGAUUAUAUCUUCCGUCCUCCGUGUCAGGAGGCUGCUGGGGGUCUCAACACGUCCUCCGUGUUCCACAACGUCAGCUUCUCCACAGUCCUGAUGUGUGAGGGCAGGCAGAAGUGCUCACUGCAGCUCCGGGUCAAAACCGCAUUACAGCUUACAGAGUCCAUCCAGGGCGUGUCAAUCUGCACCUUUAGUGCAGGGAUGAUGAUGAGCUGCAGAAUCCUCAAAUUCACCAGAUCGUCGUGGAAGGCAAUGUCUGGGAUGCAGGUGGACGUUGAAAACGACUGCACUUCCGUUUCUCCCGAUCAAAGAGUUCAAGUCGUGGUGAAAACUCUGCCGAGCUUCUGCGGCAUAACCUGGACUGGCACCUACACUGCUCCAGCAUGCAUCAGUGAAGAUAUGAGAAGACAUGUCCCUGACUGCAUCACUGGCCGGCUAUCAUAUAACGUGAGCCUGGUGAAGAAGGAGCUCAGCGUCAGUGUUUCAGAAAUGAUGGAAGAUCAUAAGUACAACCUUCGUCUGUGCCACAAGGAUUUCCUCUGCUCUGGCACGGGGACCCAUUUACUGAUAAAGAAGGAGGAACUUGGGAAGAGUGUCACCCUCCCGUACUCGAGACCUUUGCCCUGCCUCUGCAUCGAGGGGUGGUCAGCGGUGGUGGAUGCCCCCAGAGUCCAGGUCUGCCCAUUCAAAGACCGUCUCAAGGAACUAUGGUCUGGAAUUACCUUUGACCCACUAGAGGAGACACUGUCCUGGGAGCUUGCCUGCCCAGUCGCGACUGUUGUGGCGCUGUGUCAAACCAGAGAGGAUGGCGUGUGUGUGGACCUGCCCAAUGCCUCCCGUUAUGUUAGCAGAGGAAAGAUCAGUUUUACUGAAGUGGACCCACACCCUCAACUGUGCGUAAAGUUUACUGUCGGCUCUCAGUUCUGGACCAGGUGCCCCUUUGCUGAUGGAAGACUCAAAGCAUGGGAUGUGGUUGUGACCAGACGGGGGGAUCGUGAAGAAGUGGCCGUGACCUCAAGGGUCAACGCCACGUUCUCUGUGGGGCUGUGUGUGACGCCUGCCGGGGAAGCUGAGUGCCGGGUCAUCGAAACCCAAAGGGUGCAUGUGGGGGAAAAUGAAGCUGUCGGUUUGAACCUGAUUGACAAAGUAUGCAGCCCUUGUGUCCAGGUGAGGCGGCUGGAUGUGAAGCACGCUGCCACGGCCAUCCGAUGUGUUGAGCAAUGCAAUCCCUCCGCACACGGCGUUGUCGCCCAUGGAACCUCCUGUGACUGGAUCUGGGUCUUUAAGACGGUCGGAGCUUGGCUCUCUGGCAUCAUCACCGUCACUCUGCUGCUCCAUGUGCUGCUGACUGUGUAUCAGAGGAGGAGAAAACAAAGAGGAAGGGAAAAGCAAAAAGAUCCUCCUCACGAUGGUGUGCUCCCUGCAUUACAAACUCAUCAACACGGAGGGAUCCUCAUCCCUGAUUCGCCGCUGUGCGGGAACACGGAGAAGGCCAACUUACUCUCAGAAUAACCAGAGGAGCGGUGCUGGGGUCACAAACAACCAAUGCAAACUAAAUGUUCUCUGUUGAAUGUAAUGCCAGCAUUGUGGGAUUAAAUUUCCAAAUAUUAGCCUGUGUCUGUUCGUGUCUAUGUGCUGGUUAUUAUGCUCCAUUGGGUGAAAGUUACAGUGCGUGUUGUCAUGUUUUAAGUUAAAAUGUUCAUUCAGCUUGCAGCUACACUUUUCUCUUCCUUAUUUAAAUUUAUAUUUUCAAUAAAAAAAAAUGCAAACAAAAGUACAG